UUAAUUUUCAUUUCGCAAUCAAAACAAUCACAUCUCCGAGCGGCAACAAUGCUGGCGAAUGUUUUUCACAAGCUUUUGCUUCUGGUUGCGUAUCAACAUAUAUCAAAUGGUGCCGAAUGGAAUUACAAGCAGCAUGGGAAAGACUGGACCGACCUGUGUUCCUCAGGGAAAAUGCAAUCCCCCCUUUCGUUGAAUACCAAAAAUGCGCGCGUCGUGAAUAUUCCUAAGAUCGUUUUCGGAAACUACAACCAACAAUUAAAGGGGCCAAUCCACAUUUACAAUAAUGGACACUCACUUUAUAUGAGUAUAUCAUAUACGGUGAAUGGCAAAAAGCCCUUCAUCACUGGUGGUCUGAUGAAAAAUGCAUAUGAUGCCAUUGGUCUGCACUUCCAUUGGGGAGCCCCUAGAGAAGCCGGAUCCGAACAUGCGUUGAACCGGAAGCAGUACGCCGGGGAAAUGCAUAUUGUCCAUCGAAAUAAUAAGUACAAUAGUACAGAGGAUGCAGUUACGAAAUCAAAUGGAAUUGCUGUUCUCGGCGUAUUUCUAGGCAUGACUAAGAAGCACACUGACAAAUCUGCGGCCAUAGCCCGGAUUAUUAAAGCAGCCCUGAAGGUAACGGUGGACCGUGCGAACACGACUAUUCCCGCCGGAUUUAGUUUGGGUCAGUUAAUCGGGAGCAUCAACCACAAUGACUUCCUAACCUACCACGGAUCACUGACUACUCCUCUUUGCCAGGAGGCUGUCACCUGGACCGUCUUCACACAGGUCAUGCCCGUACCCUUUCCGUCGCUAUUGCCUUUGUAUGGAAUCCGAGACCAUGAGAACCACAAGCUACUAAGAAACUAUAGGCAGGUCCAAAAUCUGAAUGGGCGAACUGUAUAUCAUAGGAAAGGACCCCGUUGA